AUGGCAAGAAAUAUGUGGACCGAGUUCAGCGACUACCGAGAUUGGAUGUACAAGGGCUCUGCCAUCGUUCCUCUCCGUCAACUGGUCGAUCUGGAAGGCAACUGCCAAGUAGAUGAAGAGUUUGUCGCCAGGUACCAUGAGACUUGGGGGGGCAGCAUCGACCCCUUGAUGCACGAGAUGAUGGGGUUGCUUCCUGAUGACGAUGGGUUGGACCUCCAAAGUUUUCCUGCAGACAUCCAGGUACAGGUCGUCCAUGGCCAGCACCGAAAGAGGGUGCUGGAAAUGCAUAUAAGGACUCUGCUGCAGCAAGAGCAUGAACUUGCACAUCCUGAUGAGGAAGUGUCCUCACAGGAAUUCCCGAUAGAGGCAGUGUAUGUGCAUCCCUGCGCAUUUUGGAAGGUGAAGCUCUAUGGGCAAUCUCUUCGAAAGAACCAUGAAGUCAUGUUCCGUGUUUGGCUGGCCAAAGAUAACAAGAUGGAGGACAAGGUGCCGAACAAGUGGCACUACAUGUUUUCGGUCAUGCAUGGGGUGAUCAAGUCAAAGAAUCCAGCACUGGCUACGAUGGAACUGGGUUCAGCCUGGAGGGCGGUGGAGGAGAAGGAGAUGUUGCCGUUGCAGGAUGUAUGGAGAUCGAGUGAGCUGGCAGAGGCCAUUGGGGACCUCCUCACGAUCCCAUGCUGGAGGGAAUGCGAAAAAGUGCCAUCUAGCAUGGAAAGGUGGACUCAUUGUGGGAUGCAUCAGCUGAGUGCCCUGGUGCAACCACGGGGGGUAACAUCAGUGACUGUGUUGGACCUUGCCCUUUCGUGGUCCAUCAACUUCCAGCACCCUCCUAGGUGGACCACUGUGUUGAACGACAAACCCAAUGCGAUAUACAGCCAAGGGGUGAUCUCGGAGGCGAAGAGGGUUCCAGAUGGAUACAGGAAUGCCCUUCAGGACUGCAAGUUGAACACUUGGGGAUUCCUCCCUGAUGAUUUCCUACAUCCAGCCUAUCUCCAGGCGAACAACUCGCGAGUUAAUUUGGAGAUGUCCAAGAUACAAAGGACCUUCAUUCUCUUGGUCUACAUCGUCUUUGGGGAGAAGCAGGCCAAGAAGAUGAUGAGUCGGAUGAAAGGGCAUGGUGGAAGAAGGAAGCAAGAGGAUGUGGAUGCAUUCCAUUUCACUCAAGAUAACGAGGAGCUCUUUUGGGACACUGUGCUCCCAAAACUAUGCGUGGCUAAGGGUCAUAACACCGAUGGCAUAAGAUUACUGGAAGAGAUCUUCCUAUCUCACCUGAUCCGUCAAGGCACAGUGGAUGCCACGUUCAAGAAACAGGAUGUGGACGAGACGAGUGACAACUUGGACAGACAUGGUCAGGAGAAACGAAGGGUGGUGGGCCUUGCUGAGACGGUGUCAGAGGCAGUCGUGGAGCAGCUGGAUGGUGCGGUGGACAAGUACUACGACAGUAUCUACCACCUUGGACAGCUGAGUUCGCACUGUGACGAGGUGGAAAAGUCUAGGGAGAUGGUGCAAUGCAAGCAGGUCAAGCUGGAUCGGGAGGAGAGGGAGCUGGAUCACCAGCUUCACAGUAUAGUGGAGGAUGUGCUUCAAGAGGACUCUACAGCUAUGAAUUGGGCAAAGGCCAGUGCCAUCAUGGAUGGCAAAGUCACUGCCAAGGACAUGAUGAGCUUGGCCAGCAUCCCCCCACCAGCACAACCCAUGUCGUCAUCAUCAUCACUGCAAACAACCCCUGAACAAUCCUCAAGGAAGAGAAGAUGGUCAUCGUCUGCUUGUCCAACCUCGAAGAAACUCAGAAGGGCCUCUGACCAAAUCGAUGACAGGGCAGUCGUGCUGAGACCCGAUCGCUGGCAUCAAGUGGCAAGUCAAGCGUGGGUGGGAACCCCUCCUUUGACCAUAGGCCCACUGCACCGUGAUCACCAGACUCAAGGUACUGCUCCAGUGGGAACACAGCAGGAUGACUGCGAUGAGGAUGCAACAGAGGAUCCAUCCUUGGAUGAGCCAGAUGCUGCUGGAUCCAUGCUGGAGGAGUUACCUGAUGCUGCUCUUCCUCCCUUGGAUGCAUGCCAGGAGGAUACACGUAUGGUAGACGAUCUGUACUCUCAAUGCCCGCUGAAAGAGCUGCUCUCUGAUGGGUGGAAGUGGGAUGCUGAUUCGAUGCCAGAAGACCUGUGGAUGGGACAGGAUGGACCGAGUGGGGGUGUGACGGUAGUAGAAUCACAGGGUGUUGAAUAUGAACAGCAAACAUCGCAACACUCUCAAGUGCCUGGUACUAGCAGCAACCACACUUCCCAGUUGGACCAUCUGCUGGGGACCCCUGAUCACACGAUGCUGAAUCGUUACAUAGGAUAUCAAUAUUGGAGCCAGGGAUGGCAGAAUGAAUAG